AUUUCUUCCAGAUGCGGCUUAUUCAUAGACAUUAUCAACGGACUCGCAUUGAUAUAUGCUAUGGUAAUAAUAUGAGAAUUGAUAAUAUGUCAAAGAUUAAUAGUGCGAGAUUUUAACGAAUAUAAUGUGUUUAGUGUAAUAGUUAUUUUAAAGAAUAAUUAUGGCGCAAAUUUUAUUCCGUGGAUCAAGACUAUGUAGACCAUUUUCUUUCAGUGUUUCAUGUUACAAAUGCCAAUCGAGAGAAUAUUUGAGGAUACCACAGUUUUCAUCACUAAAAUUCUACAGUUUACAAACUGGAAGUAAAAGUGCUGAUAAUACAUUAGAUUCUGUAAAACAAUCUGAACAAACAGAUUUAUUUGGUUCAAAUAAUGAUGAACGUCAAAAAGAAAAAGAAAAGGCUAUAAAAAAUUUAAAAAUUGGAUUUUUUUUUAUUGGUGCUUCAGUUUUUAUGUUACUUAGUGGAGGUCUCUUUGUUCUUAUUUCCGAAGAUGAUUCAGAUAAAUCUAAAGAGAAUGAUAACAGUAUUUAUCCUGUACGGCUUUGUAAAAGAGGAUAUUCAGCAGUAAGAAAUUUCUUUGAGUCAAUGCGGGCUCCAUCUUAUGAUACAUUGUUACCUGAUCCUUUACCAUACCCUUAUUACCAACCAAAAUAUACCUUGCUUCUGGAAUUAAAUGAUUUGUUAAUUCAUCCAGAAUGGACUUACUCAACAGGGUGGAGAUUCAAAAAAAGACCCAAUGUUGACCAUUUUCUUGAAAGAGUUAGUCAACACUAUGAAAUUGUUGUAUUUACUGCAUCAAAUGGCUUCAAUGUUUAUCCAAUUGUUGAAAACUUAGAUAAAAAUCAGUUGAUUAUGUAUAAACUUGUAAAAAAUGCAACAGAUUAUAUAGAUGGGCAUCAUGUAAAAAAUUUAGAACGCUUAAACCGAGAUCUGUCUAAAGUCAUUAUGGUUGAUUGUGAUGAGCGAUCAGUAAAAAUACAAAGGGACAAUGCAUUAGUUUUACCAAAAUGGGAAGGUGAUGACAGUGAUCAACAACUUGUUCAAUUAGCUGAAUUUUUGAAUGUAGUGGCCACAAAUGAAGUAGAAGAUGUAAGAGAAGUACUAGCAUAUUAUAAACAAUUUAACAAUCCAUUAGAAAUAUUUGCAGAAAAUCAGAGAAAACUUUUAGAAUUACAAGAGGAACAAAGACAGAUAACAGAAAAUUUACCUAUUAAUAAAACUAGAGAUAGUUUGAAAGGAAAAUUCUUAUAUGGAAAAUAAAAAUACUGUUUAGUUUUACUAUAAAAUUUUAAUUUUUGUUAAAAAUACAAUACAUUUUUUUGAUUUGUGAUUUUUUUUUUUAAUUACUCAAUAAUUCUUUAUGAAAACAUUGCUUAGAAUUAAGGUAUUUUUGUUGAAGACUACUGGGUGAAUGAAUGUGAAUCAAAUAAAUUAUUGAAUUGUAAAAUUCAGUCAUUGGAAACGCUA